AUGAGUGAACACAAGUCAGUUGAGACAUUGCUCAAUUUGGAUGAGAUUGAAGAUGCCGCCACUAGAAUAGUGAAUAAAAAGGCGUGGGCCUAUUAUUACUCGGCAUCCGACGACAAGAUCAGCAAGCACAAGAACACCGAGGCCUUUCGCUCCAUCCAAUUGAGACCAAAGGUCUUUGUCGAUUGCAAGGAAUGCGAUCUAAACACUAAAUUGUUAGACAACCCUGUCUCGAUCCCAAUUUAUGUUUCCCCAGCAGCUAUGGCCCGGCUAGGGCACCCUUCUGGGGAAGCUGGAAUCGCAGAAGCAUGUCGCAGCUUCGGUGCUUUGCAGAUCAUUUCCAAUAGUGCGUCAAUGACGCCCGAACAGAUUGUUGCGGGUGCCGCCCCAGGCCAAGCAUUUGGCUGGCAACUGUAUGUGCAGCACGAUCGCACCAAGAGUGAGCGGAUGCUGGCUCGAAUCAACAAAUUGAGUGCCAUUAAAUUUAUUGCUCUGACACUGGAUUCCCCCGUGACCGGGAAAAGAGAGGAUGACGAACGCAGCGGCAACGUCAUCGGUUCUGAGGCUCCAUUCCAGGGUGAUAGCAAUGACACGAUGCCAACUGUCCCGGUUGAAGACCCAGUAUUCAAGGGAAUGGAUCCUACUCUCACCUGGAAAGAGACCCUCGCAUGGCUGGCAAAACACACCGAUCUUCCAGUUGUCCUGAAGGGCAUUCAAACCCACGAGGAUGCGUACAUUGCCACACAAUAUACGCCCCAAGUCAGAGGAAUCAUUCUUUCAAACCACGGUGGUCGAUCUCUCGACACGGCCCCUCCUGCUGUCCACACCCUGCUCGAAAUCCGGAAAUACUGCCCCGAGGUCUUCGACAAGAUUGAGAUAUGGGUCGACGGCGGGAUCAAGAGAGGAACCGAUGUGGUGAAGGCUCUUUGUCUGGGUGCACGAGGCGUUGGAAUAGGAAGAGCUGCGCUCUGGGGCUUGGGCGCUGGAGGAGUAGACGGAGUGAAGAGAACAUUGCAAAUUUUGACCGACGAGACCAAAACAUGCAUGCGACUUCUGGGGGUGAAGAACGUUGAUGAACUUGGAAAACAACACAUAAACACUCGACUGGUAGAGACAGAGAUCUACGACGGGCCAUCUGGUCUCGAAGGCUGCCGGGCAAAACUGUAG